AUGGAACCGCUCCUCGACGAAAUGCCCUAUCCCAAUCGCCUGGGGCAUGACCGCCCGGCCGUCUACCAAAACUACCGUAACCCGGACUCGUCUUCUCACAGCUUGAAUCCGACGCUAAACAGCCAGGUGGCGGAUCUGGGGCCUUCUCAGUUGCAUCCGGGCAAUUUGCCCCAUAUGGCGCCCGGCGUGCUCCACAAUGCGCCGCCUGGCAGUCUUGAAGGCCUGCUGACGCCGACCCUGGCGCCCAAUUCAAACAAUAACAUGCCCAAUGCCUUGGGCCAAUCCAGCAUGGGUGGUGCUGCCGACAUGGCCAGCGUGCCCAACAACAGCAAUAACUCGGCGGCUGCCAACAACUCAUCGGCACAAAACAACAACAACAAUACGGCGUCGCUCCACAACACAACCAACCCGCCCAGCGUGACGGGCGCUUCCUCGCAUGCUCCUCCGUCGAGCUCCUCCAGCGGCCUCAAUAGCUCCAAUAGCAUGCCGCUACCGGCAAACCCAACCAACCCCAUGAGUCUCCAGAGCCUCCCGGGCCCUGUUCCUGGCGCACUUCCCAACCCCAAUGUGCCCCAGAUGGGCUACUACGAAGAAGGCGCUUUUCCCGCUGUCUACGAGCCCCAGCCGCUCUACAGACCGUACGAGUACUACCACAACGGGCCGCAGGCGGCCGGCUCUUCGUCUGUUUCGGGGCCUCUGCUGUUUCACAAUUCGUCGCUGGUGCUUCUGGCGACGCUGCAGCCUUCGUCCAAUUCGUCAUACAUCAAGAACGAAAUGUACAUGCCUCAGAGUUACCAGGGCCAGCAGCUGCCGGGCUACAAUUACCAGCAGUACCCGUACCGCCAGAGCUCGUCCUUCAGUGGCUACUCCAACACGGCGCCGCCGCCUGAAACGGGCCGCAACCGCUGUCCCGUGUGCCACAAGGUGUUCAAGAGGCCGUCGUCGUUGCAGAUACACUUUUACAUACACACGGGCGUGAAAAUGUUCAAAUGCGAGUGGGAGGGCUGUGGCCGGAUGUUCAAUGUCAAGUCGAACAUGAAGCGCCACUACCGCUUGCACUUGAAGCGGGAGGAGGAGAAGCGUCUAGCUGAACACAAAUAUCCUGAAAUGGCUGCCCACAACCUCGCCAAAUUCAUCCGUCACGCUGCCGUGAGCAAGCCUCACGUGAAGCCCGAGCAGUACUGGGGCGCCAAGAUCUUGGGCGCCACCAUGUGGUUCUGGAUCUUCUACAGAGUCAAGAACGACUUCAUCGAGGGCUCCCACUAA